UUCUUCGCGUAAUUUUAUUUGGGUUCGCUAAUGCACGGACAUUUCACGCAAACUAAAUUAUAAACGAGGAGUUCAAAUUUGUCUUUAUUCACUAUGUCGUCACCUCCGAAAGAUAAAGAUAAAGAAUUAAAAGCUGGUCAUCCACCAGCAGUUAAAGCAGGAGGAAUGAGAAUAACUUCAAAGCAUCAUCAAUCUCAGCAUCCAGCACCAACACCUGAGGAGAAAGCCGAGGAGGAAGAAUUUGCAGAGCCUAAAGAAAAGGCCUCUGAUCAGAAAGUUAUUGUUUCAGGGGUAUUGACAAAGGGGAAUGCAGAUUUUAAGGCAGAUGCUAUUAAGGUGGCUCAUGAGAAGCCCAUGCCACAACAUGAAAAACGACCAGCAGGUGGCGCAGGAAAGACUGCAGCAAUGCACAUUCAACAACCAAGGAAGCAGUAGAGCUUUUAAAAUUGAAUCUAACCAGAGAAAUGAAUUAUAUUGUAGGGUUAGUUUCUGGGUGUCAACUCGUUAUAAACAAAAAAAUGUUCAUGUUUGGUGGCAACUAUAUUUUUCUUUCCUAUUGUUUUAUGUAAGACUGCUUUGCAUAUGUGAGUUCAAAUGGUAAAUUUGUUCAGUAAUUUUCAACCAUUUUAUCUCAUUUCUUUUGUUCUAGCUGGCAUUCUGUGAUCUGAAACUUAAGACAUUUUAAAAACUUUCAAAGUUGUUGACAUCUCUGUUAUAGACUGUUAAAGUAAGACUUUCUGCACACUUCACUUCAUCCAGUUAAAUACCAAAGAAAGCUGAUGUGUCUCGUGAAUGCAAUUAAAAAAAAAUUCUUGUUAUUCAA